ACUUAGCAGCAGUGAAGACGGUAACACUUUAGCUCAACCUGUCAUCAGGUUGACUUCAUGUAUCUCUCUCCUUAUUGUUUAUGGACUUAUGGUUUGGUUUUGGGGAUAAAAGUUUUAUUACCUCUAGGAUUAGGUUGAAAAUUAUUGAGUCCUUCCAUUGAUAUGCUUAUGUGAAGCUAUUGUUGAUAACUUACUUAAAAGCAUGCCAUUUUUUAAUUAGCUUCACUGUUGUAUUAUUCUGUAAAUUUUCUGGAUUAUUGAUAUACUAAUUGGGAAUAUGGGAUGGCAACAAAAAAAUUGGCAGUAAUCCCUUUGAAGUUCUUCACAAGUGUUGACUAUUUGUCCUGUCUCUUCCAAUUAUCAGAGCUGGCUAGGCAUUUUAGAAAGCUGUCUACUCUUAGUCUUGUGCAUGCCCCACCCACUACAUCAUGCUUGCCCGUUGUAAACAUCCAAAACCAGUUCAAAACAUGCAUAAAAGAAAAAGAAUCCAUCAGCUAUUAUGGCAUCCAUUUGCCCCUCACAGACCACCCUAACCCCCAAGUUUCAUGCUUUCCUCAAAAGGGCUUCUCACAAAUCACUGAAGGAAUUGUUGUGAAAGCAUUGCAUGCAUUUUGUGUGAAAGGUGUUAUUCAACUCGGUACGUUCUAUACAAAUACCUUGAUUAAUAUGUACUCUAAGUUUGGUAACAUCAAAUAUGCGCAAUACGUUUUUGAUGAAAUGUUGGACAGAAAUGAAGCUUCUUGGAAUAACAUGAUGUCGGGGUAUGUUCGAGUGGGUUGGUACCACGAAGCAAUGCAAUUCUUCUGUCAUUUGUGUGAAUAUGGCGUCAGGCCAAGCGGGUAUGUUGUUGCUAGUUUGGUGACGGCCUGUGAUCGGUCAGGGUGCAUGACUGAAGGGGCAAUUCAGAUUCAUGGCUAUGUCGUCAAAUGCGGUUUGAUAUCUGAUGUGUUUGUCGGCACUUGCCUGCUGCAUUUUUAUGGUACACAUGGUCAGGUUUCUAAGGCUAACAAACUCUUUGAGGAGAUUGAUGAACCAAAUAUAGUCUCUUGGACUUCUUUGAUGGUUGGCUAUGCAGAUAAUGGGUAUAUAAAGGAGGUUCCAAAUAUUUAUCAGCAUUUGAGACGCGAUGGGUUAUACUGUAAUCAAAAUACAAUGGCUACAGUUAUUAGGUCUUGUGGAAUGCUCGGAGAUAAAACCUUGGGUUAUCAGAUCCUUGGAAAUGUAAUCAAAUCUGGAUUAGACACUAGUGUCUCUGUGGCAAACUCCCUUAUAUCCAUGUUUGGUAGUUGUGAUAGCAUAGAGGAGGCAUCUUGUGUAUUCGAUAACAUGAAGGAACGUGAUACUAUUUCAUGGAAUUCAAUGAUUACUGCAAGCGUGCAUAAUGGUCAUUGUGAAGAAUCUCUAGGACACUUUUUUUGGAUGCGUCAUACUGACAUAGAAACAAAUGAUAUUACUAUUUCAACCUUGUUAUCAGCAUGCGGCUCUGCACAAAAUUUGAGGUGGGGAAGAGGACUUCAUGGUCUAGUAGUGAAAUCUGGACUGGAAUCAAAUGUUUGCGUAUGCAAUAGUCUUUUAAGUAUGUAUUCUCAGGCUGGUACGUCUGAGGAUGCAGAGCUUGUAUUUCAUAUAAUGCCAGAGAGGGACUUAAUUUCAUGGAAUUCCAUGAUGGCUAGCCAUGUUGAGGAUGAAAAGUAUGCUCGUGCCAUACAACUUUUGAUUGAGAUGCUCCAAACGAGAAAGGCAAUGAACUAUGUAACUUUCACAACUGCAUUAUCUGCCUGUUAUUCUUUAGAAAAAUUAAAGAUUGUUCAUGCCUUUGUGGUUCUUUUUGGUUUCCAUCACAAUUUGAUCAUUGGUAAUGCAUUGGUUACCAUGUAUGGGAAGCUCGGUUUGAUGGCUGAAGCACAAUGGGUGUGCAAAAUUAUGCCUAAGAGAGACGAAGUAACUUGGAAUGCACUUAUAGGCGGCCAUGCUGAUAACCAAGAACCAAAUGCAGCAAUUGAAGCUUUCAAUUUAUUGAGAAAAGAAGGUGUGCCUGCAAACUACAUUACUAUUGUUAAUCUUCUGAGUGCUUGUUUGUCUCCUGAUUAUCUUUUGGAACAUGGAAGGCCAAUCCAUGCACAUAUAGUUGUGGCAGGUUUUGAAUUAGAUACAUAUGUCCAAAGCUCCCUAAUUACAAUGUAUGCCCAGUGUGGUGAUCUUAAUACAAGUAACUAUAUUUUUGAUGUAUUAGCUAAUAAGAAUUCUAGUACUUGGAAUGCCAUUCUUUCUGCAAAUGCUCAUUAUGGGCCUGGUGAGGAAGCACUAAAACUUAUUGUAAAGAUGAGAAAUGGCGGGGUUCAUUUAGAUCAGUUUAGCUUCUCUGUAGCUCUUUCCAUUAUUGGUAACUUAACUGUACUGGAUGAAGGUCAGCAGCUUCAUAGCUUGAUUAUUAAACUUGGUUUCGAGUCAAACGAUUAUGUUUUAAAUGCCACGAUGGAUAUGUAUGGAAAAUGUGGGGAAAUUGAUGAUGUAUUUAGAAUCCUUCCCCAACCAAGAAGCAGGACGCAAAGGUCUUGGAACAUUUUAAUAUCAGCAUUAGCCAGACAUGGGUUUUUCCAACAGGCUAAGGAAGCCUUUCAUGAGAUGCUGGAUCUGGGACUAAGACCCGACCAUGUCACUUUUGUUUCACUUCUGUCUGCAUGCAGCCAUGGGGGUUUGGUGGAUGAGGGUCUUGAAUACUUCUCUUUAAUGACUACUGAAUAUGGUGUCUCCAUUGGAAUAGAGCAUUGUGUAUGCAUAAUUGAUCUUCUUGGACGAUCAGGAAGGCUUGCUGAGGCUGAAACUUUUAUUGACAAGAUGCCAAUUCAACCAAACGACUUUGUGUGGCGUAGCCUGUUGGCUGCUUGUAAAAUACAUGGCAAUUUGGAGCUUGGGAGGAAAGCUGCUGACCGUCUUUUCGAGCUGGACUCAUCUGAUGAUUCAGCUUAUGUUCUUUACUCAAAUGUCUGUGCAUCUACCAGAAGCUGGGGAGAUGUAGAGAAUGUGAGAAAGCAAAUGCAAUCACACAACAUAAAGAAAAAACCUGCCUGUAGUUGGAUCAAGUUGAAAAACAAGGUUACUACUUUUGGAAUGGGAGAACAGUUUCAUCCACAAACAGUGCAAAUCUAUGCAAAGUUAGAUGAGCUGAGAAAGAUGAUUAAAGAAGCAGGCUAUGUGCCUGACACAAGCUAUGCAUUGCAAGAUACAGACGAAGAACAAAAGGAGCAUAAUCUUUGGAACCACAGUGAGAGAAUUGCCCUUGCAUUUGGGUUGAUCAACAGUCCGGAAGUUUCACCUGUUAGAAUUUUUAAGAAUCUCCGUGUCUGUGGUGAUUGUCACUCUGUUUUCAAGCUGGUUAGUAAAAUUGUUAGUAGGAAAAUCAUAUUAAGGGAUGCAUAUCGGUUUCACCAUUUCAGUGGUGGCAAGUGUUCUUGUUCAGACUACUGGUAGUGUGGAUUGGAUUUUGUUGAAUGUUGUAGCUGAAAAAUGUUGU